AUGCAAGGACCAGACGACCUCAAACGCAUGAUUUCGGCCGACAAAGACUUGCAGAAAGCGGCAGAACAAUCGUCUCAAAUCGAGUACAUGGUAAAAGCUUGGCUCCAAGAACACUACAGCAUCGCCAUGAAGGUCAGGCGACGAAAAGCGGCUCGCUUGCGGCAACGGCAACGGCAACAAAGACAGCUGAACAUUCCAGAUAAGGACAGGCUGGAUAGGCUAUUGACCCUCGAACGCUCCACUUCUCAAGCAACAGCUUUGACGGGCGCUCGGUCGUACGAAAUUCCGCCUUGUUGGGAAAAAUGCUGUUUCUUUGACGUUGUAGCUUUGGCAGACAGGACGCGGGGAAGGUUGUUCGACAUCUACAAAUUCACACGUCAAAGUACCUUCUUACAUGCAUUCGGAUGCAAGGACAUAGGGAAAUGGCCACCCGUAGACUGGAUCUCGACCUCUGUGCGGUCCGAGAGAUUCAAGCUGCUCAUGCUCGUCCUCGGUGGUAUCCAGGGUGACUCUAGCCAGAGACAGCAUUCUCAUCGUCGCACCGACAUAGACAAAGCCGACAUUUCCCCAGUUCAACGGCUUCCACUUCAACGCAUUUCAAUGUAUGUCCGCACCCAAACCGCGAACACUGUGCAGCCAUCCGAAGUCUCUCUUAGCAACAGCGCAAACAGCUUCGUUCCGCAGACCCAAAGAUCGGAUGUAGAACGUAGGACGAGGGCUUCGUUGAUGGCGAGGAGGAGGUAG